AGCUAACGUAAUAUUCCAAAAAUAUUCAAUUGUCUGCGUUGGAAGAGGUAGACAGACGAGCUGUGUGGGAGGAGGCCAUAACCAGGACGAGAGCGAAGUCGGAGAGGCCGCUUGACACCUGAGGGGAGGGCAUCGAAACGCCAGCCGCAGCCCGGCCUGAGACACGGGUAGCAGGAUAGGGAAGCAGAGCGGAGAGGCCGCCGCCACAGCGGGGCCGGCGGACAAGAUGGCGGGCAGCCCUGAGAAGAGUGUCUCAGCGCAGGAGUGGAAGGAGCAGGGCAACCGCCUCUUCCUCAGCCGCAAGUACCAGGAGUCGGCCGCCUGCUACAGCAAAGCCAUCAAGCGAAACCCCUCAGUGUCUGUGUACUACACCAACCGGGCACUGUGCCACGUGAAGCUGCAGCAACACGACAAGGCCCUGGCCGACUGCAAGCAGGCGCUGGAGCUGGACCCCCAGUCAGUCAAGGCCCUCUUCUUCCUGGGUCAGUGUCACCUGGAGAUGGAGAACUACGACGAAGCCAUCGGCAACCUGCAGAGAGCAUAUAACCUGGCGAAAGAGCAACGGUUGAACUUUGGUGACGACAUUCCCAGUGCCCUCCGGAUAGCCAAGAAGAAGCGCUGGAACAGCAUCGAGGAGAAGCGCAUUAACCAGGAGAACGAGCUGCACGCCUAUCUCACCAAACUCAUCCUGGCAGAGAAGGAGAGGGAACUGGAUGACAGCAGAGAGGAACAAGACGCCAAGUCGGAGGAAUGCAGAAGCCGACACGACCUCACUAAGUUCCCCUCCAAACACGACAAGCACCUGUCAGACAUGGAGGAGCUCUUCUCUCAGCUGGAUGAGAAGAGGAAGAAGAGGGAGAUCCCAGACUACCUGUGUGGAAAGAUCAGCUUUGAGUUGAUGAGGGAGCCCUGCAUUACACCCAGUGGGAUCACUUACGACCGCAAAGACAUCGAGGAGCACCUACAGCGAGUGGGCCAUUUUGACCCGGUGACACGCAGCCCUCUGACUCAAGACCAGCUGAUCCCUAAUCUGGCCAUGAAAGAGGUCAUCGAUGCUUUCAUCAUGGAGAAUGGAUGGGUGGAGGACUACUGAAGGGAGGGAGGGAGG